UUUUUCUACUUUAUUUAUUUCCUCUCAUUUCCCUUUGCAAAACCCUAAUUUUCUGCCUCUGGAAAAAAAUUAUGCGAUCAUCCUGAUUUGUUUGGAUUAUUUUUCCUGAAUUUCUGAGAAAUUAUUUUUACUGUUUUUUUUUUUUUUGUUUUUUUUUUAUUUUUAUUUUUAUUUUUACGAUCUUUGGGUCAGUGAUUCGUUGGAUUUUCCCUUUACUGAAGCUCUGUGUAAUAGUCUGUAAUGGUGGAGAUUUAGGUUACUGAAACGAAACUGAGUUCAAGUUGUAGUACUGAAGCUCAGGUUCCUGAUCUAGAAGCAGUUCUAGUGGAGGUUUUGAGUUUGAUGUUGUAGUCAUAGGCUCUGGAUUUCAUCUCACUUCAUUGGCUGUGUUCUUGUGUUCUUAUUUCUUUGUCUUCUUCAUUGAGAGCUUCUUCGUUGAUGUUAUGGUUUGUAAAAGAUCGUCUGUGGUGUGAAUAAUGGAGGUUUUUAAGGUUUAAGCGGCGAGUUUGUGUUCUUUUGCUUUUGAACCGAUCUUUUUUCUUUCUGUCACUGUAAAAAUGGAGGAGAAAGAGGGAGUGGAUUUUGGAUUUGCAGUAGAAGUGAGCCAAGCUCCAGAGAGCUUAGGAAUGAUGGAUUCGAGACCUGAAAAUACAAGCACAGAUAGUGAGUCACCGCCGCCGCAGCCGCUGGCGAGUGUUCCAACGGUGGCGGCUACAGAUGGGAAGAAGAAAAGAGGGAGGCCGAGAAAGUACGGUCCCAAUGGGACUGUAGCUCCAACUUUGUCGCCAAUGCCGAUUUCGUCUUCGAUUCCGCUGAGUGGAGAAUUUCCGGUUUGGAAACGGGGAAGAGGGCGGUCAGUAGAGUCGAUUAAGAAGCCGCGACGAGGGUACGAAUUUGAGAUUCCAGGUAACAAGGUUGCCUUCAUUGCUGGAGCAGAUUUCACACCUCACGUGAUCACUGUUAAUAUUGGUGAGGAUGUUAACUUGAAAAUCAUGUCAUUUUCUCAACAAGGAUCUCGGGCAAUUUUUAUACUCUCUGCUAAUGGUAUGGUUUCGAAUGUUACACUUCGGCAGUCAACAUCUUCUGGGGGCACGCUAACGUAUGAGGGUCGAUUUGAGAUACUUUCGUUGUCUGGAUCAUAUAUGCCUUCUGAGAGCGGUGGAACAAAGAGCCGAUCUCGAGGGGUGAGUGUUUCUUUGGCUGGCUCAGAUGGCCGAGUGAUGGGUGGAGAACUUGCCGGCAUGCUGAUAGCAGCUGGUCCAGUACAGGUGGUGGUGGGCAGUUUCCUACCACCAGUUCACCAGAAGGAACAUAAACCAAAGAAGAGUAGGAUGGAACCUAAAUCGAACGCAAUUUUACCACCAGCCGAUGUUCUUUCUGGCGAAGGGACGAACGGAGUCCUUGGCGGAGUGGAGGCCAUAGUCCCAUCUACUCUAACUGAAGAUAAACCAGCCUCUUUAGACCAAAAUCCAGCUUUUAAAACUCCACAAGUCAACGAAAAGUUACCAUUUCCACAAGAAUCAAGAGGUGUACUCAACCAUUCAAACCAUGAGGUUUCUUGUUGAUCAUAAUCAUCCCCUGCACGUUCAAUCUUUCAUGCAGAUUUGCUGGUGCAUUGGCUUUUCCUCGACCUCGAUUAUCAAUGGUAUGAGCUCAUUGAUUCUUUAAAGGGCUAACUAAGAGUGUUUAAACAACUGACGUAUAUGUGGCCAUCAGGUAGCAUCUCUAGAUAGGAGUUCGAUCCUUUAGGCUUAUUUGUUCUGUUCUCAGCAUGUAGGUUCUUGUGUGUUGUAUCCCAAUUAACGUUAUAGCAGUUUAGGUGCAGAAGUUUGUGUAAAUUAUUCAUGUUCUAGAAUUCUCUGUAUCUGAAAUAAUAACAUUUUAAGUUAAAUUUCAAACACUGUUUUCCAAUGU